GGUCGGUUCCACACUCUUUCUAAGAAAUCACAAAGAAGAAGAAAGAAACAGCUAUAAAGAUCAAUCAAAACCCUAAAUUGUUGAUUCAAUUUGUGAAUUUCUCAAUACAAAGACGAUGAUAGUGGAUCAAAACAUAGUUGCUGAAGCGGAGAUCUAUUGUCAACCGAGCUCCAUCUCUGUUCUCGAUGUUCAAUACAUGCCUAAGGAGAGGCAAAGUCAGUCUUCUAUUUUACGUGAAUUUCAAGCUUCUGAUUCCGUCUCUCUUGAAAUCUCUGGCUCUGAAACGGACACCAUAAUGGAGCCUACCUCCACCAGCUUUCUUCCUAGUAUUUGUUCAGGCAGCCACACGGAAAUUGGAUAUCGAACAUCAAACGAAGAUGAACACAUUCGGAUGGACGAUCUAUCUUCUAGUAUGGGCUAUCUUUUCGGGUGCAAGCUUCCUAGUUCAUUCUACGCAGUCUUCGACGGUCACGGAGGCUCAGAUGCAUCUACUUAUCUAAAGGAGAAUUCCAUGAAGUUCUUUUUCGAAAAUAUAGACUUGCCGCAAACAUGUCAAAUCAACGAAGAUUUUCUGAAAAAAUUGGAUGAAUGUCAUCGUAAAGCUUUUCUGUCAGCCGAUCAAGCUUUAUCUGACGAACGUGUUUCUCCUUCUUCAUGUGGAACAACCGCAUUGACUGCACUAAUUCUAGGAAGACUUCUAAUGGUCGCAAACGCAGGUGACAGUCGUGCCGUUCUCAGCAGAAAAGGCUUGGCCGUCCAGCUGUCACGAGAUCAUAGGCCAAAUAAUUCAGACGAAAGGGAAAGAGUGGAGGAUUUAGGAGGGUCUGUUGAAUUCGGUUACCUUAAUGGUGAACUGGCGGUUACACGUUCUCUAGGCGAUUGGUACUUGAAAACGACACCGUUUGGUUCAUCAUCAUCUGCUCCUCUUACGGCAGAGCCAGAAAUUCAACGGAUCAUGUUAAGGGAGGAUGAUGAGUUCUUAAUCAUGGGUUGCGAUGGGAUAUGGGAUGCAAUGUCAAAUCAGGAUGCGGUUAGUUUGGUUCGAUGGAUGCUGAGGAGGAACGGUGGAGAUCCAAAGCAUUGUGCGCGAGAACUCGUGAAAGAAGCGUUACGAGUUAGUGGUAGCGAUAAUCUUACCGCAAUUGUUGUUUGCUUCUCUUCCUCGGUGUGUUCUGAGCGACCGAGGUUUAGAUUCUGUAUUUCUGAAGAAUCUAGGAAUAAGUUGAGGAGCUUGCUAAACUGUAACUAAAAAUCCUUGAAAACUAAUUACCCUAUAUUGCAUAUUGAGUAAGUUUGUAUAUA